AUGGUGAGGCGCUCCCACCUCAUUCUCAACAGCAACAGCGCUGCUCCACCUCAUCCUCAAACAGCGGGCCCCACACUGGCGGCCCCACACCUGCUCCACCUCAUCAAACUCACACCUGCUCCACCUCAAAACAGCGGGCCCCACCUGCUCCACCUCAUCCUCAAACAGCGGGCUCCACCUGCAGCGGGCCCCACACCUGCUCCACCUCAUCUCACAGCGGCCCCACACCUGCUCCACCUCAUCCUCAAACAGCGGGCCCCACACCUGCUCCACCAUCCUCAAACAGCGGGCCCCACACCUGCUCCACCUCAUCCUCAAACAGCGGGCCCCACACCUGCUCCACCCAUCCUCAAACAGCGGGCCCCACACCUGCUCCACCUCAUCCCUCAAACAGCGGGCCCCACACCUGCUCCACCUCAUCCCUCAAACAGCGGGCCCCACACCUGCUCCACCUCAUCCUCAAACAGCGGGCCCCACACCUGCUCCACCAUCAAACAGCGGGCCCCACACCUGCUCCACUCAUCCUCAAACAGCGGGCCCCACACCCUGCUCCACCUCAUCCUCAAACAGCGGGCCCCACACCUGCUCCACCUCAUCCUCAAACAGCGGGCCCCACACCUGCUCCACCAUCCCCAAACAGCGGGCCCCACACCUGCUCCACCUCAUACCUCAAACAGCGGGCCCCACACCUGCUCCACCUCAUCCCCAAACAGCGGACCCCACACCUGCUCCACCUCAUCCCCAAACAGCGGGCCCCACACCUGCUCCACCUCAUUCUCAAACAGCGGGCCCCACACCUGCUCCACCUCAGUCAUCUAG